AUGCAGAGUACCCAAGACUCGAUAAAAUCGCUGUUCAGGCGUAAAAGUAAAAGUAAGCCAUCGGCUAAUGACCCGUUCGACAAGCUAUUAAACGAAUCGUCUGAAAACCAGAACAAGUCUCGGUCUUCAGGUCAUAAUCACGGCGGUAGAAGCCAUGGUCAAAGAGAGCGUGAGACUGAAUUGCCGGGUAUUGAGAAUGAUUUCCAGUAUAGGUCUCCAUUCCGCGAUGAGAAGGCUAUCCAAGAGUCCAAGAGGAUAAGAGAUAUGAAAUUCCCUACUACAGGUAUGCAUACCAGUGGACAUGAUCAUCAGCUUGGCGGUGACCGUAACUGGGCUCAUAACGUUGAUCCUCCAAGGACUUUCGAGACAAAUGAGUCGAAGCAGAAGAAAAAGCUCGAGAAGCUUCAAGCAAAGGAGAAUGAGCUGCAGUACUUACAGGACUCCCAGAGGGUAGUUGAUAUGCGCAACAGCAGUGAAGUAGUCCACGAGGAAGAAGAGCAUACUACUUACGCUCCUGCACAUCAUGGAGAACACGGGGAACAAGAACACACCUUCGAGGAUUACCAGAGGCCUCCGAUGAUGCAAAACCAUUCUGCGAGAACGCAGCCCACCACCGGAACGCACCCUACUACUGGAAACUCUGUUUCGGUUUCUAUAGAGCCUUUGAGCGAGAAGGAUGCCGAUAUUGACGAUGACGUUGUGAAUGCUGUUGUUGCCGCAGCCGCAGCUGCUGAUAGCGAUUCCGUUGUUGUUGCAGUUAAGCAGGGCAGUGGGUCUUCAGGAAUGGAGUCGUACAAUGAACAUGCGCAUUUUACAGAGAAUUACGAACAACCACAAUUCGUAUCUGAACAUCAGAGGCAACCUUCGGGUGAUAUUCCACCUCAAGGAGAAUUCCAACAAGACCCUCAUUUCGUUGACAUAUCGCAAGCUCCACGUGUGCCAUACAAGCCUGGAGGAAAGAAAGGUAUUCUUGCUAAGUUGAAGCGUAGCAGAAGUCACUCAGAUCAGCCCGUUGCUAACCCCGGAGAGCCGGAAUUACUGGUGCUUACCGAUAGAGGCUAUGCUUCGAAGGCCGUCCUUGAUAAGUUAGAACAAGAUGAGAUCAUCCACAACCAGCGCAUGGCUGAGAUGAACAGGGGUGCGGCUGCAAGAUACGAGAACACUAAAAGAGACUAUGAGCAGCGUUUGAAUGCUUUGGACGCACAGCUCGCUAAAAUCGCGAAUGACACCGAAAUUCUCAAUGCUCGUUCAAAAGAAAAAGUGGAGUUAAUACAUGUCGACCUUUCGAAGAAUCUAAGCAACAUCGAUGAACAAUACAACGGCGAGAAGAGUGCCGUCAUUCAACAACUUGAUUCGAAGAUUGCACAGCAGCAAAACGAAACCAGGAUCUUGGCGGAGAAACAAUCGCAACUAGAACCUGAGAUUAACAAGUUAAGCGAACUUAAACAAAACCACGAGACCGAGUUGGAAGUCUAUAGGAACAAAAUACAGAAGCUCACUUCUUCGCUCGAUACCACUCAAGAAGAGCUAAGGAAAUCUAUUCAGAAGAAGGAACAAGUGAACAAAUCUGUAUUAAUGUUGCAGGAGAGGAGAGAACUUCUUGAGUCUGAGCUCGCAAAAGCCAACGCAACUGUGAAUGCAAACGAAAGAAUGCUCUCUGAACUAGGUUCUGUGGAAGACAGUAGUCAAGUACGUGAUCUAGAGGAGAAAAUUGCCCGCGUGCGUGAUGCAACUAAUUCAGUAAAGCAAGAAAUAGCGGCUAAAGAACAGGAAGCUGAUGAGUUAAGGGAAAAGUUGCUAACGGAACAGAUACAGAAAUCCAACGCAGAACAAGCAACUAAGGCCUUUAAGCACAGCCAAGCUGUUGGAACAACUUCAAUAGAUUCAGGUCCAGCUUCUCGUAAGAUUCCCAGGUCGAAGAGGGUUGAUGACAACAGAACAGAAGCUGAUUCACUAUAUGACUAUGACUCUGUCGAAGAGGUUGUUGUUUUAACGCAACCAGAUGGGAACAACGCUGAUUCACGGUUGAUGGCGAUCCCGGUUGAAAAGAUUUGA